AUGAGCGUGGCCAGUAGCGCCAAGCCGCCACUUUCCGACCCUCAACAACCUUCCCCAUACCCACCAGAGUCGACCGCCUCAUCCCGCGAUUUCGUCCCGUCUUUCUCUUCUCCCGAACAACGUCAGCUUCCGCCGUGGUCGCCGCCCCCUACCACCAUCCUCCCGUUCAUACCGAACGAUGACCCGAGUCUUGAUCCUGGGGUACCCGCGCCCAUCAUGAUCCCUCCCGACUCUGACGAAUCGCCCCUGGCCUCCUCCAUAGGCCUCGGGGCCUUGGGGCACGAUGACCAUGGCCUCCCCGAAGAUAUCGACAACCAGAGUCGCGCCAGCUCGCGAGAUCCCGGGAGCGCUCUACCCGUUGGAGAAUCCAUCAACCUCACCGAACACCCUGGCGCCUCCGACCAGCAGCGCGAGGACGGCAACCAUGACCCCAACUCGCAGAACCCCGACCAGAAAGGCGAAAAACCGCCAUGGAGCGAGCUGAAAACCAAGGCCGGAAAGGAACGAAAGCGUCUACCGCUGGCGUGUAUUGCCUGCAGGCGAAAGAAAAUCCGCUGCUCCGGAGAGAAACCCGCUUGCAAGCACUGCUCGCGCUCGCGCAUCCCGUGCGUCUACAAAGUCACCACCAGGAAGGCCGCCCCCCGUACCGACUACAUGGCGAUGCUGGACAAGCGACUCAAGAGAAUGGAGGAUCGGGUCAUCAAGACAAUCCCGAAGGACGAGGUCCGCGAUAUGGCCGCUAUCGGCCGCUCCGUGGUCCGUCCGCCGCAGCCCGGUCAGAACUCAAAGACGCAGAAGAAGCGGUCGGCGGACGAGGCUUUCGCCGCUGAGAUGGAGGGAUGGGCCCGUGGGGACCGUCGGGCGCCUCAGGACACCUUCCCCAUGCGGCGUGAGAAUAAACUCAACGACACAUCGAACCUACUCACCGAGGGAGCCGAGUUUUUGCCUUCGCUGGAAAUCCAAGAACACUUGGCAGAAGUGUUCUUCGAUUGCGUCUACGGACAGUCGUACCUCCUCCUUCAUAAGCCUAGUUUCAUGCGAAGAUUAAAAGCCCGGACAGUUCCGCCAGUUCUCAUACUCGCCGUCUGCGCCGUAUCCGCACGAUUUUCCACGCAUCCGCAGAUCAACUCCGAACCUCCCUUCCUGCGGGGAGAAAACUGGGCAAAUCCGGCCGCCGCCAUUGCACUAAGUCGACAUGACGAACCCAACAUCACGAUAUUAACGGUCUUCCUCUUAUUGGGCCUGCAUGAAUUCGGAACCUGCCAUGGUGGACGAAGUUGGUCUUUCGGAGGUCAGGCGCUGCGAAUGGCAUAUGCUCUGCAGUUGCAUCGCGAACUCGACCAUGACCCGCUACUCUCGCAGAACAACGGUGCUGCCACUCAGCUCAGUUUUACGGAUCGGGAGAUUCGAAGACGUACCAUGUGGGCUUGCUUUUUAAUGGAUCGCUACAAUUCGUCCGGCAGUCAACGGCCUCCCAUUGGAAACGAGAAAUUCGUGCAGAUACAGCUGCCGAUCAAAGAAUCGCAUUUCCAGAUGGAAAUCCCUGGUCCCACAGAGGAUUUAGAUGGAAACGUCCCCAACCCAGUUCCAGAUGACGUUGGGCAAUUGUCCAACGCCUCGAAUAACAUGGGUGUGUCGGCCUAUAUCAUUCGCGCGGUGGUGAUAUGGGGUCGCAUAGUCGAUUAUCUCAACCUAGGGGGGAAGCGGAAAGACGGCCAUCCCUUAUGGUCGCCCGAGUCGGGCUAUACACGCCUCAAGCGGCAGAUUGAGGAGUUUUCUGCUUCCCUCCCCAAUUACCUGGCAUUCACAUACGAGAACCUUCAGAUUCAUGCUGCGGACCGGAUCGCUAACCAGUUUCUUUUCUUGCACAUCAUUAUCCAUCAAAACAUGCUCUUCCUGAACCAAUUCGCAAUCCCUUUGUCGCCCGGAGGUCGACCUCCACGGGAUAUGCCCAAGGCCUUCUUGAGCAAUGCCGGACGCGCAGCUGUCGAGGCAGCCCAUCACAUCUCCGUGUUGAUUGACCGCGCGUCCGCUUACCCUCUCACUGUUCCAUUUGCUGGAUACUGCGCAUAUUCGGCUAGCACAGUUCACAUCUGGGGUAUCUUUUCGAAGAACGCGCAGCUAGAGGCGCGAUCGAAAGAGAAUCUGCGACAUACUUAUCGAUAUCUGAACAAGAUGAAGAAAUACUGGGGAAUGUUCCAUUACAUGGUGGAAAGUGCCAAGGACCGAUAUCGCCAGUUCGCAGAUGCGGCCAUCAAGGGCUCAGUCCCUACACAGAACGGUGGCCAGAUCGCACCGAUGUUCCAAUACGGUGACUGGUUCGAUAAGUACCCCCAUGGAGUAUCGAGGUCGCAUUGGGAAGACCCCGAUACCCAGCAUAAGGAUUUGAAUGAUGAUGCCGUCAUGAGCCAGAAACCCGACCUACAGAGCGUGGAAGACUUCUUCGCUAGCCUCUCCCCUAGCACGCCGCAAAGCGUGCCCCGUCGGUCACAUUCGAGAAAGAGCAGCAGGAUGGAUGUCCCGCCCCGCAUGGGACAAACAACGCCAUCAUCACAACAGAUUCUUGAUGUGAACAUGGAUACAGCACCGGGAAUGCUCGGAACAACCGGAACUGGGUUCCCCCAGGCAUCGAUGUUCAACGGCCAAGCAGCUCGCGGACAGCAACAGAUGUUUGGGCAUUCGCCUUUCGACUUCCCCAUCCCUACCGACCAACUUCCCCAGCUAGAUCGACAGUUUGUCUAUGGGUCAUUUGGCGCUUUGGACCCCUCGCCCGCCUCCUUUGUCCCAUCAGACACUCCGGGCAUGUCCUCGGUUAAUGGCGCAGAACCUCCCCCACCCAACCAAGACACAUCCGAUAUUUUCGCCGGCCAGAUGGAUCCUAAUGCACCUUCGGGGACGGGCGAAUUCUAUCAGCCUAGUGCCUGGUUUUUGCCAUUCAACCUCGACCCUAUCGGGGCUGGCGUUGGCCUCGAUCCGGGUGUUCCUCCACCGCCGCCAACAGGAACAGCAAACCCUGUCGGGGCAACGCCGGAUAUGUCCGCCUUUGGCGGCGCAGGAAACAUGCCGAUGGGUGCUUACGAUCUGAGCAUGACUGGGGUGGAUCGGAAUCAGAAGUACGAUUGA